CAACUCUUCCCCCCAUUUUAUAUAAGAAACCUCUCAUUUCUUCAACUUCUCCAUCUCGAUCUUCAUCAAUUUCACAAAACUUCCGACGAUUUCUCUCUCUUCAUCUCUUUAUUCAGAAGAAAUGUCUGCUGUUAUGGAGGAUCCCGCUGCCAAAGACCAAGGAAAAUCGACCUCGAGGCUUCUCCGGUAUCCGCUCCGAUCUGCUACGAGAUCCAAGGAGGAGAAACCGCCGCUCGCCGACUCCACAAACUCCCACUCUGCCACUAAAAGGGGAAGGCUUGCCUCAAGUGUGACUAAGAGUGUGAGUGUUCUUGAUCUCUCGGGCAAGGAGAAGUCUGCCAAGCCUCCUAGACGCCUCUCCGUUCCCUCCAAGUCCAACGCCACCCCUGCUUCCAAGUCUUUUGGCAGUAGUAUCACGCCUAUUUCUGAGGCGAGAUCAAAGAGGGCUGCUGUUAACCAAGGAAAGAGUGACACGCCUCUAUCCCAUGCUUCGAAAUCAUCCAAUCGGAAGAAAUUCAACGUGCUAGCAUCAGCAUCUUACUGGCUGACUCAUAUUAAGCACUCUGAAACUGCUGGCAAGCACUCCAUCUCUCUUGGCUUCUUCAAGCUUGCUUUGGAUGCCGGAUGUGAGCCUAUGCAGAAGAUGAGUGAUGAGCUGAAGUCAUAUGUGCGCAAGCACGAACUUUCUGGACUUGAAGAAUCUGUCAAAGAACUGAUUGAAGGCUACAAGAUUUCUGAGAACUAUGAGCCCUCAGAUGCAUCUAUAGCUGGCUCUCAAGCACCUGCAGAUCCUAACCAGUCAUCUGAAGAUGAUGCUCGUAGCUUCACAUCUUCUAUUACUGAUGUUGAGAAGGUGAAGCCAAAGUCACUGCCCACAGCUUCUGAUGAGAUUGAACAAGCCAAGCAAUCUAAAGAUGAGUCUGUGAAGAAGACCAGACGGUCAGUGUCCAAGAUUCCUGCAGUCUCGAAGCCUGCUUCUGAAGCCAGGGGAUGUAGCAUUCAAAGGAAACCUUCAAAACCGGGGAAGCAAAAUUCUGCCAAAGGCGAUGACAAGGUGAAGAAGCAGGGGAAGAAGCCCGCAAAAGCUGUGGAGCCAGUAAAGUCUCAGCCAGAUGAAGCUCUUCAAGAAGAUAAAGAAAACAUGGUUCAUAGAUGAGGAGUGAAGCACAAAUGACAGAAUCCUACAUGAGCAGCAUGGCAAUUCGUUGCUAGAUCGAAGCAGAUUCGAGCAGGACAGGAUUUAACUGCAUGUAUCAGUCAGCAUUGCUCCACAAUUUCCCUGACCUUGCGAUUAUAUUCCCGCUUAUUCUCACUGAACAUCCGAGCAGCUUCAGAGUUCGCAGGAGAAUUUGGAUUUGGGUCAGACAGCAAUGACUGUAACAGAAACGCUUCUUCAUAAAAACUUCAUAGCUUAUCGACAGAGGUGACAAUCAAAGAUUUCAUGAUCAAUGCAACAACAAAAUUCCCAAAUGUAAUGCUCUUACAACCGGACACAAUGUACGCACCCAAAUAUAACUGCAUUCCAGAGCAUAAAGAAUAAACAGAGUAGUAUUUUUCAAAUUAACAGUGAGAGAAG